UGCUUAUCAUGAACUGUUAUUGUCAAUGAUAAAACUGGAAAACAUUUUUAAGCUGAAAAUUGCUCUGGAAGAUCAAACUGUAAUUUGCUUUUCAAGUAAUCAAUUGUUUCCAAGCUUCUGUCAACUCAUCAUGUUCAAGUCUAUUUCAACCUGCCUUGGAUUCAUCUUUAUCCUAGUCCUUAUAAUUGAAGAUGGAGAGACUCGAACAAUGGUUCAAAGCCUCAACCAACAUGCGACUGGAAAUGAGUCAAGACUUGUCAAUAAAAGAGAGUUUUACUCUGAUAUUGAUUGGUCAAUUGAUUGGGCCGAUUCGACUGAAUCAAAGACAAAAACUAGUGGUGAUCGAGCAACCUUUGACGCUGAAUGUUUGAAGAAACACAAUUAUUAUCGAUCACUUCACGGAGUUGAACCACUGACAAUCGAUAGCAAGCUGAGUGAAGUGGCACAAGAUUGGGCCGACCAUUUAGCCUCAGUUGGAAGCAUAUCUCAUCGACCCAAUAAUAAAUAUGGGGAAAACAUUUACUGGAUAUCUUUGUCUGAUAUCGAUGGUGAAACUCCAGUUAAGGCUUGGUACGAUGAAAUAUCAAUGUACAGUUAUGAUCAGGCAACUUUUAAAAGUGGAACUGGACAUUUUACUCAGGUCAUCUGGAAAGGUUCAAAGCAACUUGGAAUUGGUAAAAGCUCAAGCUCAAGGGGAACUUUUAUUGUCUGCAAUUACAAUCCUGCGGGAAAUUAUUUGGGAAGAUUCAAAGAAAAUGUUUUACCCGUUAAGGUAACUGAAUCCGUAACUGAAUCGGUAACUGAAUCUUAUAAUUCAGAAAUCUUGAAAUAAUUCAUCGAGUCAGAUUGGAGUGAACAAUUACAUCUCUAUGAUCAACCAUUUUUAGACUUUUAAUUCAAAACCAGAUCAUUAUUGUUAUGUUUUCAAUGUUUACAUGUUAAGUUUAUUAAAUCUCAAUAUCAUCCAAA